AUGAAUUUCAAAAAUCUUUUCGUGGCAGUCAUGGACAAGCGAAUCAAUAAUAUAAUCGAAUCAAACAUUAGAGCGAAAGCGCCAAUUUCCCAAAGAAACAAAGAUAAGAAUCCCAUUAUCAUCAAACCAGAGUUCCCACCAAAUAUCAAACCCAAAGAUUUAGUAAUAACACCAGACGAUAGUAAUAGUAAACCGCCUAGAUCACCGAAUGCAUUUAUUAUAUAUCGUAAAAAUUUUGUUGAGGCAGCAAAAACUGGUGGAUACCAUCUUCCAAUGACUACA